UCUUAAAAUCAUGUCUUAAACUCGAGAGAAAAGACUUCUUCGAGUGCGCCGGUUUAUUUGAGUCAGAGUCUUAGAACUGUCAGUAAUUUCCAGGAUCGACGUGCAUCUGCAUGGAUGUUACCCCGGGAGCGAUUUUUUUGCUUCUUUCAACAGUCAUUGGUAGCCUUGGUGAAAAGGAACACAAUUGUACAAAUCAAGAAUUUGAACGGUGCCUUAAGGCGUUGAAUGCAAUAGCCCAAACAGAAGAUUUAGCUCUUGCAGAAACGAGAGAAGAAUUGAACUUAGUUUGCAAGAAACUGCAGCAUGGAGUGCGGUGCAUUGAUGAUCACACCUACCGCUGUUUUACAGCUGGACAAAGGAGAGUAUUUAAUUCAGUUGUAUCCGAAUCAAGGCAUGUUAUUAAUGACUUAUGCGUUCCCGGAAAACUACAAGAAGAUUACCUACGAUAUGCUCCAUGCUUAAAAAACGUGUCAACCGAUGUAAGAAAGUGCGCACUUCAGUAUAGAAGAUUAGCCAGCAACCAUGAGGACCAGCUUCCAGAUCAGGAAAACGAUGUGAAUACAAAGUUGAAGAUGCAUUGCUGCAUCUUUACGGAGUUUGUGCAGUGCCAGCAUGAACAUCUCCUUCGAGAUUGUGGUACACAAGCGGAAGAGUUUUUCCAACGGCACAUGGACCGCAUGUCUGGAUCCUUACUCAACGAACAUUGUGUAUUAUUCACUUAUGGCUCGAAUGCAUGCACAUUUGAUACCAGCUCCACUCAUAGACUCUGUACAAAUCAGAUCUUAUACUUUAUCAUCAUAUGUAUAGUUUCAACUCAGUUAAAAGCGUUUUUUAUGAAACGAUGAUAA